AUGUCCGUCACGCUGAGUGCGUCCGCGUACACCCUCCCGCUUCUCCACGCGGCGCGACACCCCGCGUCGACCGUACUCGGCCUGCUUCUUGCGCGCGGAGCCGAAAUCGUCGAAGCUCUUCCGAUCCUGCACCGGUAUGCGUCCCUCUCGCUCACGAUCGACACCGCGCUGCGCUUCGUCCGCGCGCACGCCAAGGACAACGGCUUGACUAUUGCGGGCGUCUACAUUGCAAACGAGGAUGGGAGCACAAAGGUUCCCCGCGUUGCGGAGCGGCUGCUCGAGACGAUAAGGAAGGAGAAUCCGAGUGCCAUCGGUCUUGUUCUGGACAACUCGAAGCUCGCGACGUCAGAACCGAUCUACGUCUCCGCCGCCCAGGUCACGUUCCCGUCGCAGGCUGAGUGCGAGAAGGCGAUUCAGGCCGUGAAGAAGGGUGGUGCACACAAGUCGCUCGUAGACUUUGACGAUUACAUGGACGACUCGAACUCUGACUGGCCUGAGAACAUGCAGGCCAAGAAGGCUCUCGCAUAG